AUGGUGGAUGCUAUUGGUGCUGUAUCAUUGGUUGGUCAUAGACCUUCGAUUGUGAGGGUUACGGUGAAGAAUGAAUCGAGAACGCAGAGAUCACAGAACGUAGUUCGGUUUCCGGUGAAGCUAGAUUAUAGUGCGAAUCAUCUGGUGGUGAUGCAGAGUGUGAAAAAGAGUCGGAUGUCUGUGUUUCCGAUCAGGGCGGUUGCGAUGGAAUUGACUAAAGAGAUGCCUGCGUAUAAGAAGAAAGACGAGAGGUUACCGAAAACUUGGAAUUAUCUUGAUUCUGGUGCGGAUGAUAAACCCGGUGUAUGGCCUCCUGAGAACAAAGCUGAUAAGCCUUCAUUGCAUAAUCCUUUGCUUAGACAGGAACGGAUGGGUUGCGGUUGGUUAGGUGCGAUAUUUGAGUGGGAAGGAGUGUUGAUUGAAGAUAAUCCUGACCUUGAUAACCAAUCUUGGCUGACUUUAGCUCAGGAAGAAGGGAAAUCUCCUCCUCCGGCUUUUAUGCUCAGACGUGUUGAAGGGAUGAAAACCGAGCAGGCGAUCUCUGAGGUUCUGUGUUGGUCGAGAGAUCCUGCUCAAGUGAGAAGGAUGGCUAAGCGUAAAGAAGAGAUCUUUAAAGCUCUACAUGGAGGAGCGUAUAGACUAAGAGAUGGGUCGCAGGAGUUUGUGAAUGUGUUGAUGAAUAACAAGAUCCCGAUGGCUUUGGUAUCGACUCGACCUCGGGAAACAUUAGAGAAUGCGGUUGGAUCGAUAGGUAUCCGAAAGUUCUUCAGUGUGAUAGUGGCAUCAGAAGAUGUUUACAGAGGUAAACCGGAUCCUGAGAUGUUCAUUUAUGCAGCACAGCUUCUUGAUUUCAUACCGGAACGUUGCAUCGUGUUUGGAAACUCAAACCAGACCAUAGAAGCAGCUCACGAUGGUAGGAUGAAAUGCGUGGCUGUGGCUAGUAAACACCCGAUUUACGAGCUUGGUGCAGCUGAGCUGGUGGUAAGAAGACUAGACGAGUUAUCGAUUAUUGAUUUGAAGAAACUUGCAGAUACCGAUUUGACGGAAUUCGAACCAGAAUUGGAGAUGGAAAGGGAAGAUGAACAUGAGCUGCCUUCAUCUGCUGUAGCAGUUGAUGAUAUCUUCUAA